AAAUAUGCCCUUGGCCAGUAUUAGUUAUCUUAACCCUACAACUAAUUUAUGGAUGCACCGACAAAAAUUCAAGCCUAAUUUAUCUCUGAUUUUUCCUAAUAUGUUCCAGGAAUUAGCUCCUGAUUAAUAGAAUUAAAAUAUCGUAGCUAAUUGUUGAAAAGUUAUAAACAACCUUAUAGUAUUUAGUCCAUAAAUAAAAUGAUAAUGCAAACUCAAUCUGCAUUGAAAAACUCUUCAAUAUCUUGUUGAUCUAUUGAGCUUCUGGUCCUUGCUUGAAUUUUAAAUGUCUUCCAAAUUUUCUCAUAUGGAAAUAUCAUUCAAUAGAGUAGAAAGGGAAUGUGUUUUAGAAAGUUAUAGAUAAGACAUUAGAAAGUUAUGUUGAUAACUGGAUAGGCCGUUGCUACUCCGGUGAUUUUUAUAAUGAACUUGGGUGUCAGAUACUACCUCUAGUGUCCUUAUUCUAUCUUCUAAUGCAGGGAAGAUGAGUUCGACCUGGAUCUUGAGGAUAUAAUGGUUAUGGAAUCCAUUUGGCUGUCUAUCCAGGAGAGUGGCAGGCAUCAAAAUCCGCCCUACAGUGAAGCAGCUGCAUCAGAAGAAUGCACGGGAGAAGAUCAAAGUGUGUCAGCAUUGAUGGCCCCAGUGGCUGUUUCCUCGUCAACUCCUUCUGGUGGUCUUGCUUGUGCAAUAGCAGCCCUAGCCGAGCAUCAACAUAUGGGUGGAGAGUCCAGUGACUAUGGCAGCCACAUGGCUACAUAUAACAUGCCUGGGUGUAGCAGUUUUGCCAACCAGGAACAAGAAUCUGAAAAUUACUUUCCUGCAGAAAGCGCCAUUGUUGCAUCACCUGAUAGUCAGCUGGUAAUGCCCAGGGAUUCUGGAGAAUGGGUCGAUCAUAGAUCGGAGUUGACUGAAGUUGGAACCAGCUAUUCAGGUUCUGCUGCAGUCCCCCAACAAUAUGAGGGUGAGUGUAGCUUCCAACCUGUUACAGGAACCAUUGUUCCAGAUAGUUUUGAGGAGCAGAUGAUGCUAGCCAUGGCUGUUUCAUUGGCCGAGGCUCGAGCCAGGACAAGUGCACCAGGUGUUGCAUGGAACUAGCUAAGGUAUAGAGGAGUCGCUUACCAAUUUACACACCACAACACAUUUAUUUCGGCGCCAUAAAUUGAAAAAACAACGUGAGAAAAUUUGUUCAUUCCUUGAAUAUGAAUGUACACUUGGAAAAACAGUGAAAGUGAUUCUAGUAGAUAAAGAUUGUAUUGCUACUCGAUUUCCAACAGUUCAGGUACCCUCUCAUUCAUCAGUGUUGGUGCAUAGAGUUUCUAGCUUUAUACCAAGUGAUUUCAGUCUGGAUUUAAAUGAAUGUACGUAUUGUGAUUCCUUACACUGACAUUAGGGACGAGAUUCCUCAGUGAGAAUUAUUAGUUUUAUAUCAAGGAUUUGGGGUUUUAUUUGAUGCGAGAAUAUAUAGGUUGUAUUUGGGUUUUGGAUUUCAUUUCAGGCAAAGGUUGGCCACCAAAAAUUGUAUUGUAACAGCUAAAGGACAGGGAUACAGAUUACAGAGUACUAACAGUCUCAGGUUAAGUACAAGAGUAAUGUACAUCAGUUAAGCUACUUGUACAGAGAUUGUUUUACACUGUUAUUAACAGAUGCUCAUUAUUCAAAUCAAGAGCUAAAAUGCAUGUCUCCUCGGCAUCUGUUAACAAAGGUGUAAAUAAAAUUGUAAGAGUAACAAACUACAAUGUACAUAUUCUCGGCUUGAUAGUUGGAUUCUCUUCGUCAA